AUGUCGGAUAGAGACUUGGUAAAGACCGUGCGAUCCCUCGACCAGACUGGCCCCGGAGCCAAUGGCGAAAAUAUCGACCGGGUUUGGAAGCAGCUCACUUCGGCCAAACAGAGUCCUUUCUCUGCAGCUGAAGAGAGCGUUCUCCGAUGGCUCCUCAAAGUCAUGAAAACGAACAACGACGAAGCCGAGACGAUCCGACGAUUCCCUCUGACCUGGCGCAUACUCGGCUGCGCAUUCCAAAGAAUACCACUCUUCUCCCUCGCAAAGUCCCUCGCCGACCGAAAGUUCAUGGCUGUCCUGCAGCAAACACUCAAGGGUGUUGCAAAGCCCAGCACCGAGUCCGAGAAGACGUCGGAUUCGAAGUCGAAGAAGAGGAAGAGGACAAGCACCGCGGCAUUCCAGCUACACGCCCUCAAAUCUUUCGAAGGCUGCUUGGAAACGGGUGAAGCUGUCUUCUGCGCAUUGAAGAUCCUCUUGGCACGUCUGGACCCGGCGGCGCAAUGGUCCGUCCACGACAGGAUGGGGGCUGAACACAUCAAGGCCCUCUUUGCGCAACCCGCGACUGAUGCGGUAGAAUAUCUCGGACCGCUUCUUUUGAUUUGCGACUCUUCCCUGGCAGUGUCAGACCCCGAGAUAUUUGAGGCGCAGGAGUCGUGGGUCAGGGUCUUUUUUUCCGCUUGGGAAUUGCAUCUCCAGGGGAGCGCCGAUGCGCUUGAAGUAGCGACGCACUUCUCGCGCACGUCGUUCUCCAUUCUCGGCAAGAUAAAGCAACGGCAAGAUGUUGAGGACUCUGUGGCCCGGCUAUGGACCCGAGACCUCGACAGAUUUCUGCAGCGUAACCUGGUUCUGCCGGCAAGGUCGGCCUACCUGAACAGAAGCGACCUCGAGGUCGUCAUUCGUGCCUUUGGGAUGGUGAAGAGCAACGCCUCAGCCUCCGUGCCCAUUCUAUACAGCAUGGUAUCAGCUGCACCGAGGGUUAUUGGUGGACUUACCACGGCCAAGGCCCAGGAUGCCUGGAUGCAGGAGGUUUUCAAGAUGUCUGAGCGAAUGAUCAAGCAACUGUCCAGCGACGAAAAGUCGCAGGCAAUGAGCGCGGUUCUCGAGGAAGCGAUCACGAACAAGUCCCGCAUCGCUCUGGAUGACCUCCGUAUGGUCUGCAACAAUUACGCAAUUGCCGGCAGUCCUAGCGAAACCGACUGGCGUCUCCUUUCACUCGUUGCCAAAUGCGAUGCGGAUGUCUUUUUGCAGUCCGAAGAGGGCCUGCAACUAUUUGACCAAUUGUGUGACAGAAUCACCGCAGCUGGAGCGGAGGCUGACGAGGCGACUAUGCGUGACCUCAUCGAGUCCUUAAUCACCGGCUUCGAAAACGCUCGUGACCUGUCGACGUUCUUGCAGAAGUGGUUCGCCCAACUUUCCAAGUUUGAAGACAAGGCGCUGCGCUUCGGAGACCGGCCGGUGUGGUUCACCAGGGUGCAUCGCAACCCAACGCUUAUCGGCGGUAUCGAGAAGUCUUUGACUACCAAGCAAAUUGUCAGCUUGCUGCAGUGGGUCGAAAGCCAUGAGAACCUCCGACCGGCAGCAGUGCUCAUAUUCCUCAACACCAUCGCAUCCGCCAUCACCAAAGACGAUUUUGCAGAUGCUGUCGGCACCCAGCUCUCAGAUCUCGCGCUGAAGGUCUGGUCGUCCAGCAAGACUCCCUCCGAUAUCCGUUCUCUGCGAUGGAGGAUCGUUUCCAAGACGGUUUCGUGGCUCGACUACGAACGAGCCACCGCCCUCUGGGACAGGGUUCAGGCCGACCUGACAAAAGCACUACAAAAGGCCAAGUUCGACGACGAAGACACUUGCGAAGCUCUGGAAUGCGCAUACUACUUCUGGUUGGCCAUGUACCCAGAUGGCCGCGAUCAGACCGGUCUUGCUUCACUGCUGUCAUCUUUCAUCGAGAGGCUGUUGAAGAAGGUGAAGUUUGAAGAUCUUCAAGGGUUGUUCGGUGCCCCUGGCCUCUCGAGCAUAGACACCUCCAACGUUCCCAGGUUCUGCUCGGAGUUUCCCCUUGCCGCUUCGAGGCUCGUGGCUUUGCUUGCCAAAUCCUCAGGCGCUUUGCCCGAUUAUCUGCAGCGGAUAUUGAGCGAGAAGGUUACCCAGAACAGCAAAACACAGCUGGCAAACGUUUUCCAUGCCGUAGCAUCAAACGAGAACAACCUCUGCAACAGAAAGCUUGCUGGCGGGGUGGUCGAUUACGCCAUUGAAAUCCUCAUGAACAUCUCCGGCAAAUCAUUCCCCUGGACUGAGGAGCGGAGUAGGGUUAUAAUGGUUGAGCUGUCAAGAAUGCCAGAUGAAUCUAUCACGAGGCAGCAGAGGGAACGCCUUAUGGGAAUCCUGGUCCCCAAGGUCCAAGCGGCAGAGAAGAUUGAACUUCCAAACUGGCAUCUGGUUCUGGGAUUGUUGGUGAAGAUCAUGCGGCGCCCAACUUUCUACCCGAGUAUGUCAUUCUCUGACCUUCAGGACAUUGCAAACUCGUUGGCGCCGCUAUGCGACGGGAGCGACUCUGCGACGGCUCUCGGGCUGUCCCAGCUUCUGUACCAACUGGUGACAGCGACUGCACGUCAAAUGAACGACCACCAGGAAUGGCGUACACAAUAUUUCGGAAAGGUUUCGACGCUCUUGAAGGAUCUUGCGGGCGACGGCUCUUGUGUGCAAAUGACUUUGCUCAAAGCGCUGCUCGUCGUGGUACUCCCCGAGGCUGGUUCGAAGGAGAAGGUUGCUGUCUUUGAUAUUGGCGAGACGGCGUUGGCCUUGGGAAGCCUCAUUCAAGACACAUUGAGCGGCUUCGCCAAGGCGUGGCGCAAACAGAAGGUUGACAAGACCUUGGUCAACCGCGUGCUGAUUGCACUUGACGCAGCUGAGGCUCUUCCAGAAGCUGUCGUCGAACAGCUGAAGGUCAAGGUUUUGCAACUGGAGGAGUCCAGUCAACAGGCCAUCUCCAGCGGCUAUUUUAGCGGCUGGAAGCUGCAGUCGUUCCUCAUCAAACGUUUCCCAUCCAAGGUGGCCAAUCCUCGACCGACGUCGUUUGGGCAGCUUUUUAGCAGCACCUCGUCCGCGCCGUUGCCCAGUGGUCCAGCCCCGGACCCGCUCGCUGACUUCAACCGACAAACUGUACUUGAAGAUACUGUCGAUGCGGCUAUGGCUGGCCUUGACUACAACGGCAAGGUCCAGUACGUCCAGAAUCUCCUCGCCGGCGUCCAGACAGACGCUGCCUCCCAGGCCGGCCCUUCUUCUGAGGGUCAGCUUUUGGCCAUCCAUCGGGUAGUGUCGCAAAUGACGGGUAGGUCUUCAAUCCCCUUCGCGUCGCUUAGACAAGCACUGAUAAGCAAUCCAGAAGCUCCCGCCGGCCUCGAGAAGUGCAAGACCUUCGACCUGGCCACGGCCCAUGGCACGCUAAUCAGGUAUCUGGCUCAGACAAAGACUGUCCGCGAGUUCGUCAGGACCGCCGAGGUUCUCCAGCAGCUCCUCGACGUCAAGUCGAACGCCAUGACUCAGUGGAACAUUGAGGCAACCCUGAGCACAGUCGCCGUGAUUGUCGCCGACGACCCCGGUCACCUCCUCGUGGCCUCCUCGAGCGUGUACCAGUGGCUCUGCAAGCUCAUGGAGGUGAUCAUCAAGAAGCACCGCCUUCGCCUCGAGGGCCACUACCACAUCCUCGUUACGACCCUCGAGGCACUUCUCGGCGCCCUCACCCACCCGUCGUCAUCGGCACAGCACAAGGCAUCCGCGUCUGUCCGCGCCAAGCAUGCGGCGCAAUUCACGCGCCUCGUCACUCUUAUCUGCGAGCCUGCGGCAGCGGCCGUUUCGCGUGUGCAGCACUUGAGCGCUCUCGAUUCGGCAACAGACGCGGCCAAGCGGUCCGCCGGCCGGCACAUGUACCUCGUCCUUAUGGCGUAUGUCAAGAUGCAACUGGACGUUGACGUGCCGCGAGAUGUUCGCGAGUCGCUGGAGCCCGGGAUGAACUCCAUCUUCAACAUCACGCCGCUCGAGGUGAGGAAGAUCCUCAACGACAGCAUGGAUACCAGCGGAAGGGCUAUUUUGAGAGAGAUGUACAAGAGAUACACCAAGUUUGGCAAGUGGAGCGGUGUAUAA